AGGGCGCCCCGGACUGCCACCUUUCUCUUAUUUGUGGAGGAGAGAGUUCAUUCCUAUCUCUGCAUUGCAUAGCUUCUCCUUCCUUUGUAGCCAUUAAGAGUUUUGGGUAAAUUCUGCAUCACUUCUUCUCCGGCAUGCAUCUGAAUGUCAUCUCUAGGCGUUUCCAAGAUCUGAGUAUUUCUUCUUCUUGUUGUUUUUGAUACCCCUCAGGAGAUAAAAUCUUCCCCUUAUAUUAGAGUACCAAUAUGGGGUUUGUGUUGUCGUAGUGAUUCGUAUAUGCCUCUUGGGUUGUAUAAAAGUUAAGCUUUUGUGUCAAUUUUUUUUUCUUUUGUGUAAGUUGCUCAGUUCUUGCCUUUGUGAUGAGCAGUUGAAGUGAGUAAUUAAUAAUUAUGGAGAGUAAGGUUAAACGGUCUGUGUCGCUUCCGUUAAAUCGUAGAAGAGAACCCAAUAAUCAACACACAUGCUAAAGAUGAGGAAGGUGGUUUCUUUUUCGCUGGAAGGAUGCCCCAAGAUUAUCCUGUGAAGAUGGUGUAGAAGAGGGGCUUUAUUCAAUUGGUUCUGGUAGUGGGCAUAUUGUGGAUGUUGCUCAUUUUAAUUGUAUUAUUAUUUCAUGUAUGGUCCUGCCAAACUUCAUUUGCAUUCUUUUCAGAGGGAAUGCAAUAUUUAUAUCUUCUCUUUUCUCUUGUUUUUGCUGGUUUACUUCCUUUUUGGGUUAUUCACGUAUUGAGUGGAAAGUUUCCACAAUUUUUGAAUCUCAAAAAAAAUAAAGUUAGAAGUAGAGGUGUAUCUUGUUUGAUAUGCAGCUAGGGGUAACAGAGAGGUUAAAGUAUUUAUAGCGUUAGACACGAUGGGCCUUGUACAGAACUCACAACACCGUAGGAUUAUCAAGACAUCUCUUCUCUAAAUCUGUCUCUCUAUGUUAUUAUAAUUUGUGAUACUGAUUAUGCCCUUAUCAAUUAGGUUGUCCAAUUCCUGUUGCUAAUGACCCUGACAAAGUAGUUAUUCCAGAAGAAAGAACACAAGAUGAAAUUGUCAAAAAGCUAACCUAUAUUACAGAGGAUAAGUUUGCGAAUGGUGGAUCUCAGUCACCCCCUUAUUUGGAGGGCAUCAAAAUUGGUUGCAAAGAGAAGAGAGUUUUAAAUUAAAACCUACCAUAAAGGUGCACUGUUGAUUUAUGAAAAAUGGUGGUGCUGAAAUGGAUCCUGCAGAUGUUGAAUAUGUCAAAAAGUGUCGGUUUGUUGUUGCAUCUGGAAUUUUUGAUAAGUAUGAUAUACCACACCAGCCUUCAAAUAUAAGUGAACAUUCUAAGAUGCUCUUCUGCUUUCUGAUGGUGGCGGAUGAGGUAUCUCUUGACUUUAUAAAGGAAAAUGUUACCACCAGGAAGGAUUCAGAUGGAGGACUAUGGGUUGAUAUAUGGCGUCUUAUUUUAUUUAAGCAUCAACCUUAUGAUGAACGUAGAAGGAAUGGAAAGGUUCCAAAGAUUUUGACUCACAGAAACAACUAGAUGAUGUGAAGCUCUAAUUUUCAAGUAUUUAUGGUGUGGAAAGCAUACAUAUGCCAUUGCUCAGCACAAAUAUCAUAGAAGCAUAUAGAGGAAGCUGAUGCAAUCAAGUGGAGGAAGCAAUACACCAGACCUCUUAUUGAUCUGCACAUGAAGAUAUACUGUUAUGAGGGAAUGGAGCCAUGGAGUUUGAAGAAAAAUACAAUUAGUGAUGUGCCGGAGGGAGCCAUAAUCACACGUGAACAAACUCUACUGAAUAACCUGUUUAGUUGCCUGUGGUUCGGUGAGGUCCAUCUCUUCACACCGAGAGAUCAGCUGAGUUUUGGCUAUGUUGUCUAAAGGUUAGGUGGGUCGUUUAAGUUCCACAUGUUUCCAAAUUGUGAGUACACUUCACUGUUUGUCUUGCACCUACAUAAUCGGGAGCAUUCCUUCAGAGUAGAGUGGGUGAAAAGUUGGAGUGAGUUUAAGGGUAAUGGUAGUAGUCUGAAAGAAAGUAAAGGUGGUUUUGCCUUGUGGACCCCUUAUCCCGGGAACCUCGAUUCAAUUGUUCUUCCUAAAGUAGUAAGAACAUCAAAAGCAGGCUGAGGUUUACCCAGUUCAUUUUUAUCAUUCCUGUGAAUUCCAAGAAUUAUUGGAUGGUUUUGUUUUGUUUGGUCUACACAUCCAUGCGCAUGAGGGAAAUCCAAGUGCUUAAGAAGUACUACUAAAGGGGGAGUAGAUAUUUGUCUGUCAAAUUUGUUUGAAGAUGAUGCAACUUUCAAAGUAAACAAUAAAAUUGAUGAAGAUCU